AUGGCUACAGAAAAUCCUCUCGAGGCGCGAUUCGCCUCCGUACCCUUCUCGGACCAUGGUUCCCGCUGGGAUAGCUUCUGGCGGGAAGCUCGCACACCUUGGGAUCGCGGCAGUGCCUCACUAGCCCUGCACGACCUCCUCGCCCAGCGUCCUGAUCUUGUACCGCCUUCUCAAAAUCAUGACCAUCGCGGCCAGCUCCUGCGCGACUCAGUAGGCGCUGUUCGCAAGAAGACGGCCCUGGUUCCUGGUUGCGGUCGCGGUCAUGAUGUUUUGCUUCUGAGCUCAUGGGGCUACGACGUAUGGGGUCUCGAUUACAGCGCAGCCGCAAAGGAAGAGGCUAUAAAAAACCAGAAGCAUGCCGAAGCUGAGGGUCUAUACAGGGCUGUGGACGGGUUGGAUAAGGGCAAAAUUCACUGGGUGACGGGUGACUUUUUCAGCCAGGACUGGGUCAAGCCAAUUGGCACCGACGUCAAAUUCGAUCUCAUCUAUGAUUAUACGUUUCUCUGCGCGCUGCCUCGGGAAGCAAGGCCGCGAUGGGCCAAGCGCAUGACGGAUCUGCUUGCCCAUGACGGCCGACUCGUCUGUCUCGAGUGGCCUUCGACAAAGCCCAUGUCCGCCAAUGGACCCCCAUGGGGUGUAUCUCCAGAGCUCUACGAGGCCCUCCUGUCGGCCCCGGGCGAGGAGAUCGCGUACAACGACGACGGCACCGUCCACGAGGAUCCGAUUUCAAAACCUUGGGCUGACGCCCUACACCGGCUGAGCCUCAUCAAACCUCGGCGGACACACAAGGCCGGCACCGGCGAAGACGGCGCCGUCCUCGACUUUAUCUCGGUGUGGAGUCGAUAG